AUAUGUCAGCGCAGCAACAUCGACUGUAUAUAGUUUCAUGACGCUCCGCGACUGCUCGCCGACCGCCUUCUGCUGCUGUCACGCUUACGCGUGGCCACCACCGCCGACGACGCUCGCGGCUCGCGGCUCGCCUCAGCGGACAAAAGUUGAACAUGCCGCCUUGUUGACGUUUGCCGAUGCGACACAUGCGAUACGCUUGACGAGUCCUCCCUCAGUUUUCGACCUUUUUUUUCGUUCUUCGCGACUCCCAACCCCUGGAUGAUGAGUGAGAACAUGGAGGAGCUAUUCGAGAGAAUCAAAGCGCUGGAGAACGAGCUGGCUGAGGAGAAGAGGAAGAACGAGGGUAUGGCCCAGACGAGGGCCAAAAUAAAGCAGAUGUCCAGCGAGGUUGUCGACACCAACCCUUACAGUCGUCUGUUGGCCCUUCAACGUAUGGGAAUAGUACAAAAUUAUGAGAGAAUACGAAAAAUGACAGUUGCUGUUGUUGGUGUUGGAGGAGUUGGAAGUGUCACUGCUGAGAUGCUGACGAGAUGCGGAAUUGGAAAGUUGGUCUUAUUUGACUAUGACAAAGUAGAAUUGGCCAACAUGAACAGACUUUUCUUCCAGCCCCAUCAAGUAGGUCAAACUAAGGUAGAAGCUGCAGCAAUAACUCUGAGGUUCAUAAACCCAGAUGUAGAAAUUGAUACGCACAAUUACAACAUUACUUCAGUAGAUCACUUUGAUCAUUUCAUGAAUACAAUCAAUACUUCCAGUAUUAAUGGUGGUCGAGUAGAUUUAGUACUUAGCUGUGUUGACAAUUUUGAAGCUCGCAUGGCAAUUAAUACUGCAUGUAAUGAACUGAAUCAAAAAUGGUUUGAGAGCGGAGUGUCAGAAAAUGCUGUAUCAGGGCAUAUUCAAUUUUUAGUUCCUGGAGAAACCGCUUGUUUUGCUUGUGUACCACCUUUAGUAGUUGCUGCAAACAUAGAUGAAAAAACAUUAAAACGUGACGGUGUUUGUGCAGCAUCAUUACCUACAACCAUGGGAAUUGUAGCUGGAUUUUUAGUUCAAAAUGCUCUAAAAUAUUUACUGGAAUUUGGAACUGUUACUCCUUAUCUUGGAUAUAAUGCAAUGCAAGAUUUCUUCCCAACAAUGAGAUUAAAGCCUAAUGUAAAUUGUGAUGACAAAUUUUGUAGACUAAGACAAUCUGAAUAUGUAGCCAAACCAAAAAUUGAGAAAUGCGAAGAAUGUGUAGAAGAAAAACCUUUACAUGAAGAUAAUGAAUGGGGAAUUUGUCUUGUUGAUGAAACUGUACCUGAAGAGUACGAAACAAAGAAAAGUGUUGCACCUGGAAUAUCUCAAGCUUAUGAACUACCAGAUCAAGAUAUUGAUUUUGAUAUUGGGGCAGAAGCUGAUAUUGAUACAAAUGAACAGAGUUUGGAAGAAUUAAUGUCUAAAAUGAAAUCUAUAUAGUUUUUUACAUUGAGACUAAAAAUGAAUAUUUUAUUUCAUUAAAAACAUGGAAAAAAUUUUUUAUACUUCA